CCUGGGUGCCUGCCUCUUCAGGCUGCUCAUCAGCUGCCUCCUGGGCACAUGGCUGAUUGCACGCAUUGACAGGACCAUCAUGCAGAGCGGCUACGAGGAUGCAGACAUGGUUUCCCUAGGUGUCCUGUGGAAUCUAGUCCUGUCUUCGGGCCGGAGGUCGUCAGUUCCCAAUCUCUGAGUGGACACUGAGAUCAAGUCCCAGGCGCGUUUCCAGGACGAAGGGGAAUCGGGCCAGCAGCCAAGAUGUCGCCAGUGGGGAAAGUGUCCCAGGUAGAAAAUGGCAAAGUCUACCAGCAGAUCUUCCAGGCCCAGGUGCAGCUGGUUCAAUCUCUGGCAGCCACCAGGAAGCGGGCUGCAGAGCAUUCUGGGACCCCCAAAAAUGUCAAGAUACCCAUGAUGAAAAAGGUGGCGUUCCCUGAAGGGGAAACAAUGACCCCUCGGCAGAGGAAGUGGGUGCACAGCCUCCCCAAUGACUGGGUCACAGAAAACCCAGUUCUCUAUAGGGAAAAGGAACAAGCCAGGAGGGAAAAGAUGCGUGAGACCGAGGACAUGAUUGCUGCCCGAGAGGUGCGGGGCCUCAUGGACCACAUCGUUUCUGAGAAGAGGAGCUCCAUCACCCUCCAAGGACAAGAAGAAUACAAGAAGAAGAAACACCUGAGUGCGCUGGCGAGCUUCCAGCAGGAGAUUGAGCAGAUAGGGGUGGAGAUGGAACCUCUCAUCCUGGAGAAAGGGGAGCUUUUUUUGAAAAAGAUGUCCGCGACCGAUGAGGAUGUUGACGAGCUCUUCAAAAAAGUCGAAAAUGAACCGGACCUUGAAAACUACACUAUUGAGACCCUGAUGGAGCUGUGGGAGAAGGUGGCCGAGAGAUUCACGCAGCAGAAGCAGGAGAUUAAGAACCUAGACCAAGAGCUGUUGGCCCUGGAGGUCUCUCGAGCCGAGAAGCUAAAGGAUGUGUUGAAGAAAUAUGUUGACAUCAUAGAGAAGACCGCCUACCUCCUGAAGCCUGAUGUAUAUAGGCUGAUAGAUAAAGAAGCCAUGGCCAUGAACCAGGCUCUACUGGGCAACCGGAGGGCCAUCGCCCAGCUGUUGGUCAACCUGACUGAAGCCACCCUGCAGCAGGAGCUUGACAAUCGCCACCGCUGGCAGGGCCUGGUGGAUGCCUGGAAGGCUCUCAAGAAGGACGCCCUGCAGCAAAGCUUCAGUGAGUUCAUGGCUAGCAGUAAUAUCCAGGAGCCCCCAGCUGUGCAGAAGGAGCUGGACGAAAUGCUGAAGAACCAGGAGAUCCUUCAAAGAGUGAGACUGGAUCACCUCUGCACCAUCUGUGACCUCCUGCCCCCCAACUAUAGCAAAAACCAGCUGACUGAGUGGUAUGAUACUCUCACGUCCCUGAACAAGCAGCUUGACACCUACCACAUGGACUGCAUGACCCUGGUACGAUUCCUGUACGAGAAGAUUUGGCAGGAUUGCCUGGCCUACGUACAGGAUUGUAAGAAGCAGCUGCUGGACUGGAAAGCUUUCUCGGAAGCAGAAGCAGAGAGCCUGGUGAAUCCAACCUUCUUUCUGAUGGUGGGGGAGUUCCAGAGCAAGGUGGAGAAGAAGCUGGAGCUCCUGGAUAGCUCCUUUGAAGCCUUGGCCAAGCAGACAGAAUUGCAGAGCGCGGACCUCUUCCGGUACUUCCAGGAGGCUGUGAGGCUGUGGGAGGGGCACCAGAGUGUUCUGUUGUCCCAAGAGCUGGAGCUGGAGAAGAGGAUAGAGCAACAUCGACAGAAGCACAACCAGGAGAACCAGACCCAAGAGAUCACCCUCGAUAAGCUUUUAGACCAACUGAGGCAGCAGAGCCAAGAAGAGACGCUGAAGGUGCACCUGGAAAAGGCCAAGACUUUUCUGAAGAACAUGAAGUCCAGGUAUGAAUAUUUUCACGUCCUUCUGACCAAAGAAGUGAUGGAGUACCCAGGGUUCGUACUCAAAGAACUCAACUGCUACAGCUUCACCCUCAGCCGACACUUCUUCAUUCGUGAAAUCUUUGAACAGAAUUUGAGUGGGGAAGUGACUUUCAAGUUCAGGCAACCAGAAACCCACGAAAAGGUCUUCAUGCAGAGAGUAAGUAAGCUGAAGAGAAAACACAGGGCGAGAGUGGAAAUCCGCAAAGCUGAAGAAAGCACAGGUCAGGAGACAGGUUCCGAGAAGCCAGCAGAGGAGACGGAAGAGGAAGCGGGGGAAGAGAUAGAACCCAUCAUGGCUGGAGAGGCACGGGGCCACCCGGACAAGUUCCUACAGGGUGACAGGACAGAAGAGUCUAUCCAAGAGACUGAAGAAAUGCGGAGCAUGAAAGAGACUUUGUCAGAGUCAUCCCUGGAACCAGAAAAUGUGAAGUCUCAAGAAGAGCAGGAGGGGAUAGAGGCAGAUGAAGAGGAGGAGGAAGAGGAGGAGAAGGAAGAGGAGCAUAAGGAGGAAGAGGAGGAGGAGAAUAAGGGAGAAGAGGAGGAAAUAAAAGAGGAGAAGGAAGAGGAGGAAGAGAAGGAGGAAGGAGAAGAGGAGGAGAUAAGGGAGGAAGAGGAAGACGAGGAGGAGGACUCUGAGGACAUGAAGGAAGAGGUGACCGAGUACUUUCAAGAGAGCUUACUUAUGGGUCAGGCUGAAGACAAGGAAGAGAGCCUGGAGGAGAUGGCCUAUGAUGAAAUGGAGUUUUUCACAACUGCCAGUGGGAACACUUACUUUGCCUUCCUGUCUGUGGAAGAUGAACAAAGGAUACACACAAGGCCGAAUUCCUACCACCUUGUGCUCUUCCACGACGCAUUCAGCACCAAGUACGUAGAGCAAGUGACUGUUCCUCACAAACUCAUCGUGAAAGUGAAGAAACGGAUUCGAGCUGGCUUUUUUGAGCACCUGGAGAAGUGGUUUGACCAAUGUGCCCUCAACGCUCGCAUUAUUGUGGCUGCCAAGGUUGACGAACUGGACUCAGAACUGGAGCUGCGUCUGCACCUGCACAAGCCAAGACUCCAGCACGUGGAGAAGGAUAUUCACAACGUCAGAGCAGCUGAGCUCCUGCUCCACCGGGAGAGACUGGACAACCACUGCGCAGGUGUGAUCGAGACGCUGAAGAGAGAGAGACUGAUGUUCUGUCAGUUCCAAGAAGAGCAAGCUGUGCGGAGCAAAAACUUCCGCCGCAAGAUCUACGACAUGGAGCACAUCUUCUUGAAUGCCAGCAAGAGCCAAAAGCUGGUGAGUCUCACCAAAACACUACACCGGGAGCUGCUUAGCUAUGUGGAUGUCAUCCAGGUGUCCCUGCGAAGCUUCCGGCAGUACCUGGAAGAGAGUCUGGGCAAACUCCGCUAUACCAACAUUGACUUUGUCAAGCACUGCAGAUUGUUUUCAGAGGGGGGCAACUUUUCCCCUGAAGAGAUUGAGUCACUGUGCCAUCGACUGGAGAAGGAGGCCACCCGGAUUGAGUUUGUUGAAAGUUUAAUCAUGAUCCACAUGGAAAAAAUGGAGACGGAUUACCUGGACCAGGCCAAUGACGUCAUCAACAAAUUUGAGAGUAAAUUCCAUAACCUAUCUUCAGACCUGAUUUUCGUAGAGAAAAUCCAACGGCUGAUGACGAAUUUGCAAGUGAACAUCAAGUGUCAGGUGGCCAAGUCCAAUUUGCAAGCAGAAGGAUUAAAUUCUUCUCUGGAGCAGCUUCAGUGCAAGAUACAAACGUGUCGAGAGCACCGGGGAGAUAAAGGCAUGGUGACCACAGAUGACCUCCUUGUCUUUGUCCGAUCCUGGAAAGAAAAACUGAGCCAGAGGAUUAAGUACCUCAACUGCAGCCUGGAUGUGGUGUGCAUUACUCAGGAGGUCUUUACGGACACCAUCCUGAUGGAUAUGGAAAUGGAGAGUGACAUCCACGUGUCUUCAGAGGCCCUUGAGGAGGAAGCCAAGGUGGGCCUCGUGACCCCUGAGUCCUUUGCCCAACCAACCCGCAUGGGGAGGCCCAUGAUUGAAGACCCUGCCGUGGAUGUGGUCAAGAAGAUCCUUCAAAUUCCUCAGACAAAAUCGGCAUGCCCGUGUGACAAGGACCGCUCCCACACAGGUAGGAGCCAGGCCUGUGGGUCUCGGGGGAGGGAGUGGCAGGGAGGUUGGCGGCAGCUGCAGCCCGUGGUCCCCUCUUGGUCUCCUCUUCUUCUCUGCUCUUGUCCUGGACACCUGUCACCCAAAGCCUUGAAGAAACAUCGGUACCGGGGAGAAAAGUCCGCGAAGAAGGCCUUGGCCAGCUCCAGUGCCACCUCAGCAGGGAGCAUGACACGACAUACCAAGAUCAUCAGAGUCGACAAAAAGUACCAGGUGCUUGGGGAACGGCCUCCUCCUCAGGCUGAGGACUUCAAAAACAUCAUCCAGACUCUCCUCUGGGAGAGCAACGAGCACCUGCUGUUCGUGGUGGAGGAUUUUUACCGCAAAGAGAAACGCCCAGUCACUAGGCCUGAAUGCAUGUACGAAAACUUUGACCAGUGUGCUGAGCACAUCGUCAAGAAGAUCCUGGAAUAUCAGAAUCAGGCGGAUGAGUACCACAACUCCUGCCUUCUGGAAUUACGUGCCCAGGUGAGGAGGUUUGAGGAGCUGCUGCCCCAGGUGUGUUGGCUGGUGACCGAGAACUUCAAGGAACAGCAUUGGAACAAGUUUUGCACAUCCAUGAAGGAGAUUCGGGAGCAGUUUGAGCAGCAGCAGAAUCAACUAGAGAAGAAGAAGGAUGAGAAUGCCCAGAAGCUCCAUCCAAAUCUUGGCCACCCCAUAUAUGCCCAUCAAAUGGAGUCCCUACACAUUGUGGAGGAGCGAAGACAGGAAGAGCUGGACCGGGUGAUCCACACAAACCUGGAGAAGAUGGAGGAAUUUGCCAAGAGGUACAGCCGCUUCUUCAUAGCAAGUCUGGCCUCCUUCACAGAGAAGUUCCUGAUGCAGUUGGAUGAAGUGGUCACCAUUGAUGACAUCCAGGUUCCACGGAUGGAGGCCCAAAAGCAGAAAAUAUCAAUCCUCAUCCGGAGGAAGCUGGCCAGACUGUCUCUGGAGGAAGAGAGUGAGAGGCCCCUGAUUGAACGUGGGAGCAGGAAGUGGCCAGGAAUCAAGCCCAACGAAAUCACAAUUCAAACCAAGAUCCUGACUCGGAAGACACAAUCAAUAACCACCCAUAAGACCACCCUGGGCCACUUGGCCGCCGUAGAAGCCCGAGAUGCUGUGUACCUGAAAUACUUGGUACUGUUUGACAAAGAACUGAAGACUGUUCAGAACCACUUCAGAACACUGGAGUUGGAAGCUCAGCGCUGGAAGGACAGCUGGAAACGUUCCCUUGAGACCAUCCAGUCCCUGUACGUGACCCAUCCUUCUCCGGUCCUCAAAUAAAGCCUGUAUUUGCCCCCCGCCCAUCUGCCUACAGCGCUACAUCCCAAGCACUGUAGUUUCAUCAGAGAUGAGGACACUUUCAGUAAAGAAGACAGAUGUGGAAGGGGGUCCACAUGGUUAGCAGGGUUGGUUGGUGGGUACCAGGACCCAACCACUUACAGUAGAUACCAGGACAUCAAAGGAAAUCGCAUCCAGAAGCAUGCUCGGUGCUUCAUUUCACUCUCUGGAUGGAGAUUGGAUAAGGUAGUGUCUGGCAUCCAGGCCAGGAGUGUCAGGGGCCUGCCUGGCCUUCAUUGUGGGGGAUCACCACCAUUAGAAAGCCUGUUCCUGAGGCUGGAGAGAUGGCUCAGUGGUUAAGAGCAGCUUCUGCUCUUCCAGAGGACCCGAGUUGGGCUCCCAGCACUUACACUGGGCAGCUUACACCACCUGUAACUCCAGCUUCAGAGGUUCCAACGCACACAUGCACGCACGCAUAAAUAGGGAAAGCUGUGAGGUUACCCGCUGUUGCUUGGAGUACCCUCUCCAAAUGGUCACAGGCUUCAGUGGUGAGCGCUAAGCCAGUAUUUGCAGAAAAGACUCUCAUUCUAGAUUUUCUCAGUGUCAGAGCCUUGAAAACACAGAUGCAGGGCCAGUAAGAUGGCCCAGUGGGUAAGGACGCUUGUCUUACAAUCCGAGUUUGAUCCCUGGAACCCAUGUAGUGGAAGGAGAGAAAUGAUAAGUAGUCCUCUGACAUUCACACACACACACACACACACACACACACACACACACACACACACACACACACACACACGGUGUGUCAAAGCAAAUAAAACAAACACCAGGCCUGCAGCAGCCAAGUAUCUUGCUCCCCCGAGGCUCUCUGGUCAAGUGAGAUGCAUGGACGGGGCACUGUCUAUAGAACAUACUAGUCUGUUUUCCAAAGUUCAAAGAGCUACUGAGAUCUCUCACCAGGAAGUGAGAUCACUUCUUCAAGUUUCCAUUACCUGGUCCCCUUCUUUGAAUGGAACCUACAGAGCUCCUCGGACCUGGUGACCACUUACUGUCCUCCCCUGUGUCCCUUCCUUGACUGCAUGUGGUCACUGUCAUUGAGAAGAUCUGGAUGCAUCCAUGGCUGCAGGGCUGAAGAGACUGAGCUGGUGUUCUGGAAUCUUCUAACCGGUUCACUGUGCCUCUCAGGAUCUCCCGUCUCCAGACCAGCACAUUGGGGCUUGUUCUAGGGUCUGCUUCUAAAAGAUAACACUAGGUGAAUGUGAGAUGAUGCAAAACCUGUGUGGUGAUAGCGUAUAUCUUUAAUCUCAGCACUUGGGAGGCAGAGGCAGGCGGAACUCUGUGAGUUCAAGGCCAGCCUGGUCUACAGAGCAGGUUCCAGGACAGCCAGGACUAUUACACAGAGAAACCCUGUCUUGAAAGACCAACCAACCAAACAGCCAACCAACCAAACAAACAAACAUCUGCCUGGGUCCCCCCACCCUGUGACACUGCCCAGUCACACCGCCUGUGGUCCUUGUUUUCCAUUCUAUAGUUUGAGAGCGUGGGAAUAAAAGGAAGUUCAUAUA